UUUAAAUUCUAUUCUGGAUUUUACAGGGAGCCAGUGCAGAGAAGCUAAUAUUGGAGAAAUAUCUCUUUUCCUAGUUUUUGUCAGUACAAGAAUUCAACAAAAUAAAGUUCGAUCUUAUCUCAUAUGUAUUGCAAGAUAUAUGUAAAGUACUUUACAGUUUGCAAAUCUUAGCUCAUGUAUUUCCACACCAAUUUAUUUUUCUAUUUUAUGACUUCUGGCUCAGUAACAUUGUUCAGACAAUGGCACAGUGCAUCGAAAUUAAGGCUUUCAGAGAGAAACACAAAAGGUGAUAUUUUGCCCUGAAUAAUCCUUUCAGGCAGCAUUUCCUCCCAGUUUGGUAUUACCCAGCAUCAACUUCCACCAACUAAAUAUUUUAUAUGAGAGGUAUAGGAAAGUAGAUUAGGUUUAUGGCAAUGGUUGGUGUUAAAGGUCUGCAGUUCCUGGCGAAAAAGCUAAAGAAAUCCGCCUGGCAUGCUAAACUCAGGGCAUAAACAUCUCGGUGGUCAUAUAUGAUGUCAUCAACGAGCGACGCAGCCCCACAUGGCAGCCUGCUGAAGUUUUGACAAGGGUCAGCAUGGCCAGGCAGUGGUCUGAGGGCCACUCCACAUCCAUCCUUUGUGUUGGGGCGUCUGACGGCCCUGAGGGUCUCAUCGCUUCAGGCUCUGAGGGUGGAGAGGUCACGGUGUGGAGCCAAGAGGGAACCAUCUUAGGCCGUCUCACUCUCCCUGGUGAAGAGGACAGCACAAGUGUUGUGUUUUCACCUGCAGCUCCGGGCCAACUGUAUGUGUCACACGGAGACACAGUGAGCGUGCUCGACCCCCGAAACCUGAAGGGCCCUGUGGAGGAGUUUCAGGGUGCAGGGGAGGAGGAGAUCAAUGCUUUGGCACUAAACGACACGGGUUCAGCCCUGGCAGUGGCUGAUGACUCCGGGGCAGUCCGGGUGCUGGAGCUUCCUGGGGGAAAAGUGUGCAGGACUCUUCGUAGACACACUAACAUCUGCUCCUCUGUGGCUUUUCGGCCUCACAGGCCCAAUAACCUGGUGUCUGCUGGACUAGACAUGCAGGUGAUGUUGUGGGGUCUGCAGAAGACACGCCCUCUUUGGACCCUCAACCUCCAGGAUGUAGCAGAGGAAGAAGAUGACCAUGAGCAGCGUCCUGGUCAGCUUUUCAACCCGCCAUUGGUCCACUGUGUUUCUGUGGCGAGUUGUGGAAACAUUUUGGGUUGUGCAGCCGAGGACGGGCGGGUGCAUCUGAUGCGGAUCGGCAGCGGCUCUAAACUGGAACAGCAGGGAGCAGUCAAGGCUCACAGUCAGGGGGCCUCACAAGCCCACUUUGUUAGUUUCCUUUCCCACCCUUACUGGCUGGUCACUGGGGGGAAUGACGGCCAGGUCGCCCUGUGGGACCUCAGUAAACACCCAGUGGUGAAUCCGGAGGCAAAGGCCAAACCUCAGGUGACAACAGCCCCUCACAGGAAGGGGAAGAGCAAGGCAAAGAGGAAAGAACAAUCCCAGGAUAAAGCAAAGACCCCACCGAAGGCAGAAGCAGGGAAAGAAGAUGAUGAAGUGGCAGCAGGUACAGAGGAGGUGGCGGAGGAGAAGUCUGGUCCCAAACUGAGCAUCAGUCAUGGGGACAAGGUGAACUGGUUGUGCCCUGCUGUGCUGAAAGGAGAAGCCAGUGUGGUAGUCGCAGAUCAGAGCUCCAGUCUGACGGUCUACCCUCUGUCUCAACUAUAGAUUCACGCACUUUACAUGUUCUUUAAUCUUUUGUUUUGGUCAUAGCAGUACACUAUGUCGACUUGACUUGUUUUAAGUUUACAUGAAACACUCCUGUGUUUGAUGCUGUUAGAACUGGUAGCAUCAUUAUUUGAACCUCUGGUCUAUUGGCUUCAUAUUGUGACAGUAGGGUCUUUCUCUCCUUUAUUAAAGUCUGACCUGUGGACAGAAACUAAACAUAACUGGUGUUUCAAGAAAGUAUUGAACAGUGCAGAGGAAGGUAGAUUUUUACAGAAGCAGAAAAACAUUACAAAAAUCAGAGUUUUCACACAAUAUUCAACAAACUAAAUGUGUAACUGUUUUUCCAUGUCUCAUCUAAUUCUAGCUCUUCUCAUUGUAGCUAAUUUGGUGUUUUGUGUGUGUGUUAUAAAAAUGUCAUCCUUUGAAAUAUAUUUUGAUACGUGUGCAUUUUGUGGAUUCUAAAAAAAAAAACAAAAAAAAACUACCACAUUAGCACAUUAUGUUGAACUGAGUCUGCAGUGCUUUUAUAGAGUAAAAACACACCUCAAUCUAAACCAGGAGCCAGACAGAAAGACAAAGCACAGAGCAAACUGAAAGCUGUUCCCAAGAUGUGACAUUUCAAACACACUGCUCUUUCUGACAUUAGCUUUCAAGACAUUUGAAAACACACAACACACAGCCACACUUCUAAGUUGCUUGGGGCUCUGUGGUGACUAUCCUCUGGAGAACAGUGGUCUUGUUUUUAAAAUCAAUAUAAAGCAGCAUCUUGUGAAGUGACACCAUGAACUACAGUAUAUGAUGUACAAUGACAAUAUUUAUCUGUACAUGUAAAUGAUUAAAUCAUGUUUGCCGCUUAUUAAUCAUUACAGGCUGAAUCUGUUACAAACUGUUCAACACCAGACAGACUGUAUCUAAUGCUAAAAUCUAAGAAACUGUGCUGUUCCUAUUAAUCUGUGGACUUGAUUUGCAUCACCAUCAAGCAAACAAAAUCUCAAUACAUUCAUUGCAAAUGUCAUUCUUUUGCAAACAAGCAAAACACUUUUCUAUAAGAAUACCGGGAAAAAAGGCACAUGGCUGACUGUCCAAGUUAAUGAAUAAAUGCAAUCUACACCUGUCUGUCUUCACAAGGUGUCUUAUAAAUUAGACUAGCUGAGACAAGUUUAAAAAAAGAAAAAGUGUGACGGCUUAUAAUAACUUUUGAUUGAAUUGAAAUUAUAAACAGCAAAUGUUGUAAUUUACCAAAAUUCUUUAAACUAUAUAUUACCUAAACAAGCCAAAUAAAAUGCUUUAGGGUGGACGUUCACAGUAAGAUUUACACUGAAUAAACACAUGAUCAUUUCUCAGCAUUGCAGCGCGACCUGACAACCUGCUACAUCAGUUUCCGUUACAUAACUUUCAGUUUUUUUUUUUUUUUUUGAUUGAAUGUGUCUCAAAAGUAUUU